GCGUUUUAGAGAGCUUUUGUCUGUGGAGGCUAAAAGGAUGGCCACUUGUCGAGGAUACUUGAAAAAGAAUUAGGUUUAGUCUAAAUUGUAUCAUUUGACCUCCAGGAUCUCUUUCAGUCCUAGGUGGAAGACAAUUUUAUGGAAAAAAAAAAACCCUACUCUUUCACACCUCAUCAUUUUCGUUUCCAUAAAUUGUCCUCCUUUCAUCAGCUCAUCUCUGAAAUUCUACAAAGAGAUUCCAGGUGUCAGAGGAACUGCUGGAUCAAAGCACAUGUUCCACGGGCCACAGGUUUACCAGGAAGGAACUGAAGCUGCUUGUAAGGUUAUUACACAACUUCUUCCUUGGAAUCACAAGCCAUACUGUGGUAUGAAGAGGAAAGUACCAAGGACUCCACGGUUAAGAUGAUUCCUGCCCUCAAACAUUGGACUCCAAGUUCUUGAGUUUUGAUACUCAGACUGGCUUUCUUGCUCCUCAGCUUGCAGACAAACUACUGUGGGAUCUAGUUAUCAUGACUGAACUCGUUGUUGGCCACCUGUUUGGAAAACCAUCCUCUUGUGGUUGGACCUAACACAUACAGCAUGUGAAGGUAUCAGCAACACAGAAGACUGACAGCCGCCACCUAAGUGGGGCCGGGGCUGGUGUCUGCCCAUGUUGCCAUCUGGACGGGCUGCUUACCACAAUGAGGGACCUUCUUCAAUACAUUGCUUGCUUCUUUGCCUUUUUCUCUACUGGGUUUUUGAUUGUGGCCACCUGGACUGACUGUUGGAUGGUGAAUGCUGAUGACUCUCUGGAGGUGAGCACAAAAUGCCGAGGCCUCUGGUGGGAAUGUGUCACAAAUGCUUUUGAUGGGAUUCGCACCUGUGAUGAGUACGAUUCCAUACUGGCAGAACAUCCCUUGAAGCUGGUGGUAACUCGAGCGUUGAUGAUUACUGCAGAUAUUCUAGCUGGGUUUGGAUUUCUCACCCUGCUCCUUGGUCUUCACUGCGUGAAAUUCCUCCCUGAUGAGCCGUACAUUAAAGUCCGCAUCUGCUUUGUUGCUGGAACCACAUUACUAAUAGCAGGUACCCCAGGAAUCAUUGGCUCUGUGUGGUAUGCUGUUGAUGUCUAUGUGGAACGUUCUACUUUGGUUUUGCACAAUAUAUUUCUUGGUAUCCAAUAUAAAUUUGGUUGGUCCUGUUGGCUCGGAAUGGCUGGGUCUCUGGGUUGCUUUUUGGCUGGAGCUGUUCUCACCUGCUGCUUAUAUCUUUUUAAAGAUGUUGGACCUGAGAGAAACUAUCCUUCUUCCUUGAGGAAAGCCUAUUCAACCGCGGGCGUUUCCAUGGCCAAGUCAUACUCAGCCCCUCGCACAGAGACGGCCAAAAUGUAUGCUGUAGACACAAGGGUGUAGAACGCACAUCUCAGCGUGUGCUUGCAUAUGAUUUAAUCAAUCAAUAUGGUUACAUUGAUAAAAUAGUAAGUCAAUCCAGGAACAGUUAUUUAGAACUCAUAUUGAAUUAAAUUAAUUGCUAGCUUAAUCAAAAUGUUUCAUUCUCCUAUACUUUUUCUAUUACUCUCAUAUUUUUCUCUCAUUCUCUCUGCUAACCUUCCUUCUUAUGCACACACUUUCCCUAUAUUUUAAGAUAAGUCUGCUAGCAUAUAGAAAUGUUUGUUUGUGAUUUCUAUAUAGCUAUUAGAGAUUAUGACAUAGUAAUAUUAAAAUGAAAUGAUACUUAAACAGGAGGCAAUUUCAAAAGAGGCCAGGAACCCUAAUCUUUAAAAAGAUGGACAAACUUACUUUUCUCCAUGGCUUUUGGUUCACUUUUUGUACUUUUAACAAGUGGGUGAAUUAUUUGAUAAUUUUGAGAAGAUUAUUCUUUUAAAUUCAAACUAGUCUAUCAAUGCCUACCAUUACUCUGAUUGUAUUAAAACAGAAAAAGGAAAUACAACUUUGCAUAGCAGCCACUGGUGAGAGUUAAAGACAAGAGCUGCCCCUCGCCCCCAAAUGUCGAAGGCAAAUGCUAAAUUGAUACUGGAGCUCGUGGUGACUUUCUACCUCACUAACAACAUAAGGGAUCUGUGUAUUAUUUCACCACUAUUCUAGCUUUGCUGAUGUAUUGCCAGAUGAUUAGACUACAGAAUAGCUCGACCAGAGAAUUUACUCAUUUAUCGAUUAAACAUCCAAAUACUAUUGCAAUGUACUAUGUUAGAAUUCACCAAUUCAAGUGCCCACACACCACUGAAUCAUCAGCACCAAACAAAAUAUUAGACAUAUGGCCAAAUUCAACAAAUAUACGUUGAUUUAAAUAAAUAAAGGUUCACGACUUUACUAAAAAAAUCAGUGCUGCGGCUGGGCACGGUAGCUGGCGCCUGUAAUCCCCGCACUUUGGGAGGCCAAGGCGGGCGGAUCACGAGGUCAAGAGACCCAGACCAGCCUGGCUAACACGGUGAAACCCCGUCUCUACUAAAAAUACAAAAAUCAGCCGGGCGUGGUGGCGGCGCCUGUAAUCCCAGCUACUCGGGAGGCUGACGCAGGAGAAUCGUUUGAACCUGGGAGGUGGAGGUUGCGGUGAGCGGAGAUUGUGCCAUUGCACUCCAGCCUGGCAGCAGAGUGAGACUCCAUCUCAAAAAACAAAAAUAAAUAAAUAAAUUAAUUAAUUAAUAUUCCUCAUAAAAUGUGGGUUUGGGGGAAAAUAUAGAAUUACAUAUACAUUUAAAGAAGUUGCUAAUGAAAUUUCAUUCAUAUUCAUAACAUAAUCAUCUUGAAUUUUUUUAAUGGUAGCAUUCUUAAAAAUGUUUGUAAAAUUUAAUCUCCAGUUUUCUAAUUACUUGUCAUUCACAUUAAUAACAUUAGUACCCUUACGGUACCCUUGCAAUACCUGAAAAGAAUAUCAACUCACCCAGAAAUUAGUUCUUUGAAAAAAAAGACAUUAAGUUGUGAAUUUCUAAAGACCUUAAAAUAAGUGUUUCAAAUUUAAAGAACAAAGAAUGAUGUGAAAAUGAGAUUCUGAUUCCUACUACAUGAAUUAACGUUUCGAGAUUGCUGUUUAUUACUUCCCACAGUAUCUUUAACAGUAUUCUAUGAAGCAGUUCCAAUCUAGUUGGAGAAUUAACAGCAAUUGAUUUAACUAUCUCAUUUUUAUUAACUGUGUUAUUGACAUUAAAAAUAUUUGUAAAUCAUACUCACUAGUUAUUUGAUCAUUAUUCUAUGCAUUUUAAAAUUAAUUUGUGUUGUUCCCCUCAAUAUUUGUUUUUAACAUCUAUUCUCAUUUUUAUUUUAUACUCUCUUGUCUGUCAUGCUUUAUAUAUUCCAAUAAGUCUCUUGAAAUCCUUGUGGGGAAAGGCAGGACAAAAAUCAUUAGUUAAUUAGAUUUUAAAAAUGUAAUUUUUUCAUUUUAAAUAUUUUGUUUGUAUAAGAAAAUAUUUCAGAGAACCAUGACGAUAAUGGAUAUGUGUGACUGUUUUGAAUUUUUUUCUCAAUUAAAACAUUUUGUAUGUAA